GGGCGCCUGCGUGUUUUCCAAGAUUGAUUUACGUUCAGGCUACCAUCAGCUAAAAAUCAAGGAGUCAGACAUACCUAAGACAACGUUUUGUACGAGAUACGGUCACUUCGAGUUCGUGGUUAUGCCGUUUGGCCUCAGCAAUGCCCCGACAGUAUUCAUGGACUUGAUGAACCGUGUGUUUUAUCCUUUUUUUGAUCGGUUCGUUAUUAUAUUCAUUGAUGAUAUUCUUAUCUAUUCCAAGAGCCAGAAGGAGCAUGAAGAGCAUCUGAGGGCCGUUCUUGAGACCCUUAGACGUGAAAAGUUAUAUGCAAAGUUCUUUAAAUGCAAAUUUUGGCUUCAGCGAGUGGCCUUUCUUGACCACAUUAUUACUCAAGCAGGUAUUGAAGUAGAUCCUUCCAAAAUUGCCGCCGUUCAGAACUGGUCAGCACCAAAGAAUCCGUCCGAUGUUCGUAGUUUCCUCGGCCUUGCAGGAUAUUAUCGCAGAUUUAUUGAGGGGUUUUCGAAGAUUGCCCUCCCUUUGUCCCAGUUGACAAGGAAGUCUGUGAAGUUUGAGUGGACAGACCGUUGUGAGUCGAGUUUUAAGGAGCUGAAAAGGAGGCUUACGACGGCACCAAUUUUGACUAUUCCAGAUCCUUCUUGGAGUUUCACCGUCUAUAGUGAUGCUUCGAGGCGGGGUUUGGGU